UGCUACUUUGUUUCCUUAUCUUUUUGUGUGAGAACUAUUGUUUUUGAACCUUUUUCUCUCUUCCCCUUCCUUUCUACAAAUUAUCCCUCAUUUGGAUCUAGGUAAGCCAUUACCAUUCAGGGUUUCAACAAUAUUUUUGUUAUCAAAACCAAACUCCAUAUUCCGAAAACAACAAUAUAAGGCUAUUUACAUGGAUUUUUAAAUCGAGAAAGCUUUCUCCAUUAAGACGUCUUUGUUUACCUUUAUGCUAUGAGAGAUAAUCGCGAGAGCUUCACCUUUUCUAUAAGAGCUAAUCGCGAGAGCUUCCCCUCAAAGUUCCCGUUAACCUUUGCAUGCUAAGCUAGCAUCCGAGAUGCAUUUUAUCCAACCAUUUCCAGGAAGUUUCCAAUGAAAUCGAUGUUUAUUUUCAUCAUCUAGUUUUCUAUUGUUAUCAUAGUACUUGUCGUCCAUAUUCUUGUUCUGAUUCUUCCUAAUAUUCGCCUAUUUUUAUUUUUUCAUGUUGUUCUUUCAAUGCUUAUCUUCACUUUGCCUUUGCUUUCUGAUUUCUCCAUCUUCCUCCUUAUUUAUCCUGAGUUUUAUGAUUAUCUUUGUUGAGCUUAGUUGUUUCCUUAAGACGACUGUUUAUUCCUUCGAACUCUUUCGUGUUGAUUCUAUGGCUAUACCUUGGUGUAUCAGUGUUAUCAUGAUAUUUGUGGCUCUCUGUGUUAGUGUUGCACGUCUUAUCCUUGGCUUUUCUGGGUGAAGCAUUGUGUUGAUCAUUAUUAAUGGGGAGCAAUCCUCAUAUUAUUUUUAUAGUGAUACCUAUUUUGGCAAAUGUGGAGGUCAUUAUCCUUGUUCUGAUGUUGAGUGUUGAGAUUAUUCUUGGCUGGCUUGUGUAAAAGGUAGCGGUCCUUGAACUUUUGGAUAACUUGUUCUAUGACAUCAUUAACAUUGAUGAUAGUGUUUUCAAAAACCAGCUACUGACUAUCACAAUGCAACAAGUAGAUUACAUGGAUAUAGUCUUCAAAGGCAAAGCUCAAAUGAGACGUUUUAAGGCUCUAACUCAGAGAGAAAUGACAAUAACCUUAUACCCAAAUGAACACACCAUGACCAAAUUAGGUAUAAGAGACAGUGUUAUGUUCCUAAUUAACCAACUAGGAUGGGACACCUUUGCUAUCAAGAGAAAAUUUAGUUCCAUCACUAGGUUGACUCUAGAAUUCCUAAGCUCCCUAGUGUACCUGCCAAACCAUGGUAUGGGAUUUAACAAAGGCCUAAUCACCUUUAGGUUGUUUGACAAAGACUACCGCUACACCUACAGAGAAAUGGCUGAACUCCUAGGAUGUCCUAAUGGACCUGAUACCUUUACCAUUACCCAGGAAGACAUACUUGUGGACAAUAAAUUAGACCUCUUUUGGUGUAGCAUCACUGGAAACAACCAUCUCGAGCCAGACCUUAUGCAAUCAGAGAACAUCCAUAACCCUGCCAUUCGUUACUUUCAUAAGAUCCUAGCUCACACCCUAUUUGGAAAGGAAAAGAACAUAACCGUUGUGUCCAAAGACGAACUAUUUAUAAUGUACUGCGUAUCACAGACCCGACCUGUUAAUGCUGCUACAUUCAUGAUAGCUAAUCUAUGUCGUAUAACACAGGAAGACUAUCGACCAAUCUCAGUAGGAGGCUUAGUGACCAUGAUAACGCAUGCAAUGGGACUACAUUACCCAGUCGUCAUGGUUAUACGACCUAUGAACAUACGAUUUUGUGUCAGCACCGGUAUCAUUAGGAACCUAGGCCCGGAUGUGUUUGAAUUCCUCAUUAACAGCCAACCAGUACACCUGUUUACCCUGCCAGACCCUAGGACGAGUGUACAUGAUAGGAAUAACUGGCUCUAUGAUUUGGAUGGACCACCACCCCAAAUCCAUGAUCAUCAUGACAAUUAUCUCUCUGAUGCUGAAUCACAUCCCCUAGUUAUACCUGUUGCACCUCUCACCGAUCGUGUUGCUGCCAUCGAAGCUAUUCAUACAAAUUUCUCCAAUCUGAGAGGUGAGCUGAGCACCCUCCGCGUGGAAUUCUACGACUUUAUGGAUGUAGUGACAGAGAACCUGUAUCACAUUUACCAGCACUUCUACUCGUUCGCUCCUCCUACCAGCAGUCGCCGUAAUUUCUUAUUUAUUAUAGUAUUACCGAUUUACUGACUUUUAUUACUUUCUUGUUGGAAUUUUAUUGUUAUUUACUUUUACACAUUGGAAUUUAUUUAAUUACUUUAUUACCUUUUAUUCCAGUAGACAGAUUAUUUCA